UUGUAAAAAUGGCGGAAAUUUUCGUAAACAAAAAUAUUGAACUCGCACUUCCACAUUUAAACAAGCUGAGAUUUGCAGUUUUAGAACUAGGAUCUUGCAAUGCAACACGAAACGUUUUAUUCCCUGAUGCAGUUUGUAAAUUUGACCUGGUGAGGGUAGAGAGGCCAGACGAAGAGUUGAAACAUGACGUGAGAUCACUGAUCGUAAACUUUUCCUCACUGUUCAGGCCAGGCAUAGAUUUCCUAACAGCAUGCCAAAAUACGAGCAGUGAUAAUAUUGCAGAACUUGAUGCGCACAAAAAAGAGGCAUUGUCUUUACUAAACAAUUAUUUUCUAAAUCUAGAUCUUCAUGAAGAGAGCCUUAACAAAGUGAUUGGGAAGGAAAAAAAGAAAAAUGAUGAAGCUGACAUCAAACAAACAGAGACUGACUUCACUAUUGCAGUGGCAGAGCACCUCCUAGGAAAGCUUGCUCCAAGUCAAUCCUAUCUCAUUGACUCCAGGGGGAAGGAAGAGAACAGGUGCAAAUGUGGGUGUGAAGUGCUACCAAGUUAUGGAAAUACAGGCAUAGGACAUGAAGAGGUAUGGCAUGGGCAUGCUGACAUUAUUUUUUCACCUCAUCAUCCUGAGAACCAAAGUAUUGGAAAAUGUUUCCCCAGUUUGUCUAGCACAUCAGAUCAGGAGAACACAGCAGUAAAAAGGCCACACUUACAUGUUGAUGAAAACAUGGAGUAUACUGACAGAAAAACAAAUGCUGAAGUGAAGAGGAUAGCUACAGGGACAAGUGAAGAGGCCAUAGCUCAGAAUAUAGUGUUUUCAUUGCUCCAGAAACAACAAUACCCAAACUCACCAAACUGUAUGGUACCUUCUAUUUUAAUUUCCCCAGACUAUUUUCAAAUACUGCUCUAUGAUGCAGAGAACGAUGUGUUGUUGUGUAGUAAUUUCAUAGAUUUAUUCAAUGUAAAUGCUGACGGACAUUUAUCCAGUGAGGCAGUGGUGACACUAUGGUGUGUUUUACAUUAUAGAAUAUUUUGUUGUGGAUUACAAUUUGAAAACAUGGAUGAAGCUAAUAUUUAUAAGUCAAACUUUUCAAGACUAGCUCAAGAGAAAUGGCAUAUAUAUUCAAACUGUUUGAAAAACUGUGUUAAUGAAUUCCCUGUGGUAGAUAAUACCGCGAAGGUUGAAUUGUGGAACCGAAAAGUUCUUCAAGGUACAGAGUUUUGUAGAGGCAUGAAGAGAAGAAAGUGACACCUAGUGGCUAAUGUCUAGACAGAGUCUCGAUUUUGUUUAGUCUCUACUAGUUCCCUGAAUAUGGUUUAAUCAGGAUUUCAUCACAUUUAUGAUGGAAGUUCCACUUUCCUUUUGAAUAAAUUUACUGUUAAUCAAUGUUCAGUUUUAUCCUUAUUUAGCAUGUUUAGACAUCUCAUUUGCUACUAAUAUCAAUCAGGUCAUCAGAAAAAUUAUUCCAUUCACAGUAUAUUGCAUUUUUGAAGUUGAGAUUUUAAAAAUCAGACAUGUAUUAUCUUUUUUUUCAAGAGGACAUACAUUGUCAAUAAAAUACGUUAUUAUUCUG